AUGCACCCGUCAGAAUUGCAGUCUCCUCCGAGGUACAACACCAGCCCACUGCUACAGGAGUCCCGCCAGGCUUAUGAUGACAACUACCAGCUGAGUUUUCAAGAACAAGCACCACCGACAGGGACACUCACAUACCCGCCGGGUCGCCAGAGUUUUACCGCGUCACUCGGUUCCUUUCGAGUAGCACCUCCCCAACUUUCAGUCGAAACGCUUCCGCUUGCCAGUGAAACCCAGGAUCUCCCAGACCCGCCAAUACUCGGAAUCGACAUCAGUGUCCCCGCAGUCGAGAGUAUCUUCAGGGAAACCUAUAGCAUACCCAACACCAUUCCUGUUCAUAUUAAUUCCAUUCCCGACCCGCCUCCACCCUCAUUCACUUAUGUCGCCCUCACUCAGAUAGCUAUUUGGUCGAGUCAGGAGAGGAGACUUACACUGGCCGAUAUAUAUUACGUUCUCGGAAACAGGUUUACGCAUCUUCGUAAUCCCGACACGAUCACCAGGUGGAAAGGAAACAUCCGCCAUCUACUUUCUCUCAAAAAGUGCUUCGUGAAAUCGUCCCAUAAACAGGGUGGUCGGCAUUACUGGACACUCGAUUACCGGUAUUUGAAGGGGGGCGAUAAACGUGAACGAAAGAGGGGAAGAAAUGCUCGCGGCAGUGAUCCCGUUGAAAGUGAGGACGUAGACGAACAGGAUCCGACCAGCAAAGACGAUUCGUCCCCAUCGUCUUCCCCAUCGUCUACAUACUCUCUGAACCGAACCGCAUCCACUUCCACUGCACCUUCAUCAGCUUCGAGCACGAUGGAUAUCCGUUCAGACCCGAACUAUUCCUUGCAUACUCGUUCCCUUCUCCCUUGUCCUUCUUCCUACUCCGUGACUGGAGGAAGCCAGACUUUUAGUCCUGGUCCGGUCGAAAGCUACGAUCCCUCGAUUUACCAGUCUCACCCUCACCAGUCGCGUCAUCCACAGAGUUACCAUCCCGCGUCUGCUACACCUUCAUAUUCUAAUGCCUUUGGACCCAGUCAAUUUUUGACAGA